AUGGGUCAGGUUGAUGUGCAUAAGAUUCUAGAAGCUUGUGACUCAGCUUUAUUGUUAGGAUUUGAUGAGCUGUCAUAUCUAGGGAUAGAUUUUGUUAUAACCAAUUGCUCUAUAUAUGCUCUUGAUGCGAUUCGCAAACGCAUAGACGAAUCGCCGACUCCGUCCCGUUCCACCAAUGAUUCUGCUUCGCGUCUUCGUUUGAAACUUGAUGUUCCUCGUUUCGACGGCACUGAUACCCAUGGGUGGAUUUUCAAGAUCUCCCAAUUCUUCACUUACCACCAGACUCCUGAAGAAGACCGUAUCACCAUCGCCUCUUUCUAUCUUGAAGGUGUUGCGUUGGCUUGGUAUCAAUGGAUGUACCGCAAUCGUCAAAUCGCUUCACGGUCUCAAUUUUUGGAAAAAUUAGAAACUCGAUUUGCUCCCACAGCCUUUGACGAUCCUCACGGUAACUUGUUCAAACUCACUCAGUCUUCUUCAGUCACCUCUUACCUCACAGAGUUUGAAGCACUUGCGAAUCAUCUGGAAGGUUUAUCUAAGGUGGACCUUUUGAGUUGUUUCAUUUCCGGUCUGAAGACGGAGGUUCGUCGGGAAGUUUUGGCACAACAACCACGAUCGAUUUCUCAGGCAGUUGGUCUUGCUAGGCUACAUGAAGAUAAACUACAAGACAUUGCUCGUUCAGCACGUUCCCGACCUUUCUCUUCAUGGCAACCGAAUUCCGGUCCGCGACCUCCUCCGAAACCCAACUCGGAUCCUUCUAUAACGGCACCGUCACAAGGUCUUCUCCCAACUCCUCCGGUGAAACCACGUUUUCGCCACCUCUCGGGUCCUGAAAUGGAUGAACGCCGUGAAAAGGGUUUAUGUUUCAAUUGUGACCAAAGGUGGUCCAAACAACACAAAUGUGGUGCUCGUGUUUUCCUCAUGGUGGCUAACGAGGAUGAUUUUUCCUCUCUUCCUGCGGAUUUGGAAACAGUAGCGACGGCUUUGGUAGAAGAAGUUGUUCCGUCGGAGGAUGUCACCGUGACUGCAGCUCAGUUAAGCCUUCAUGCCCUUUCAGGUGAGCUAGCAGCUGAUACAUUUCGCCUUUCGGGUCACAUUGCCACAGCUUCGGUUCGGAUCUUGGUGGAUGGGGGUAGUACCCACAAUUUUAUUAAUGAUAACAUUGCUUCUAGACUGGGCCUCAUACUUGCCCCAAUCGACCCAUUUAGUGUUUUGGUUGGUAGUGGACAAGAGCUAUUGUGCUCUCACAUUUUCCAUGGGGUAUCCCUUUCUUUGCAAGGUCAAAUAUUUUCCUUGGACUUAUUUGUGUUGGGCCUGCGUGGUGCCGACGUUGUCCUUGGAGCCCAAUGGAUAAAAGGGUUAGGUCUAGUCCUUAUGAAUUAUAAUCCCCUCACUAUGACUUUCUUCUACAACAACACUUGUGUGGAACUUAGGGGAGACUCACCCACCCCUUCAGUAGGCCUACGCCAAUUUCAGAGACUCACUCGUAUGGACCCUGAGGCCCAAUUAUUUUCCCUUCACAUCAUCGGCCCAACUGAUCCAUUUCAUCAACUCACACCGCACCCUUCAUCUUCCCUAACCGAUGAUUCAAACCCAACUCUCUCCAACUUACUCACAAAAUUUUCCCACCUUUUCCAGGAACCCACCACCCUUCCACCGCCGUGCUCUACCGAUCAUCACAUCCCUCUCCUAUCCCACUCUUCACUUGUCAAUGUCCGACCCUAUCGUUAUCCCCAUUCUCAAAAGCUCGAAAUUGAAUCACAAGUGACUAAGCUCCUCAAAUCUGGGUGGAUUCAACCUAGCACAAGUCCUUUCUCCUCUCCUGUUCUCCUUCUUAAGAAAAAGGAUGGGUCAUGGCGCAUGUGUGUUGAUUAUCGUGCUGUGAAUGCCAUCACAGUCCCUGAUAGAUUUCCCCUUCCCACCAUUGAUUAA